AUGCAGGCAUCGCAACAGAAGCAUCCACGACAGAGGGCCGUGCAAGAGUCCGUGCGGCGCUGCCGAUGCCAGUUUUCUGCAAAGUCUGGGGAGCACCGCCCUCGCCUCUUCAGCAAAAGUGGAGAUCCUUCAAAACGGCCCCGGAGAGUUUCCCUCUGUGUGUUCGAAAGCGAUCGAUUCUGCAAGGAGGGACGUGUGAGGUGCAAAGGGCAUGCGACCCUCAUCCAGCAGAGGCCCGUCCAAGCAGACCAGCCGGAACGUCCACAUGGCGCGCCGAGAAAGGAGAAGGAAGUUUUGGAAGCCGCGGAACCGCAGUCCCUAGUCGCCGGCGGUUUGGGACCAUCUGCAAGGCCACAUUCUUCCUGCCUGCGCUCUCCAAACUAUAGUUUCCGGCGUUCGUUGGGGGGGAGAAGCCAUGGCGGUUGUCCAACUGGUGGGUAUUUUUGCACCCUAGAUGUGCCAGGAAGAACCCAGAUGACAUUUUGA